AUGGCAGCUGGGGAAGUCACCUUCCGGAGCCAUCGACCAGGCGACAUUGGCUGGGUCAUCUACAGACACGGCGUUCUGUACUGCGACAAAUGGGGAUGGGACCCGCGCUUCGAGGGCCUGGUCGCCAGGAUCAUGGCCACGUUCCUCGACAACUAUGACCCCGACGCCGAAAGGGGGUUCAUCGCGGAACAAGACGGCAAGAUCCUGGGGUGUAUUUUCGUUGUCAAGGAGCCCGGAACGGAGGCCUGUGCGAGACUGCGGGUAUUGCUUGUUGAGCCGGAAGCGAGAGGCCUUGGGCUCGGAAAACAACUUGUGCAAAAGUCUGUCGAUUUUGCCCGGGAGAAGAACUACAAGAAAGUGAUUCUCUCGACCCAGAGCGUCCUGACCCCUGCGAGGCAGCUAUACACCAAGAUCGGCUUCAAGCGAUUGUACGAGGAGACGGGGCACUUUACGACACCAGAGUCCAAGGGAGAAGUCUGGGAACUGGAGCUUUGA